GGUUCUUAUAAGGGAGUCAUGAUUUUUCUUUUCUCGGCUCCAUAAUUAAUCAUUAAUUUUUGUUGCCAUUCCAAAACACGACUUUCUCAAAUUAUGUUGCACCGGUCUCCGGACAUCAUCCCUGAGAUGUAUAUGUAACCCCUCCCUCCAAUUUUGUGUCGACACAUAAAGCACAAAAAGAGUUGUCUCAAAAAGCCGGAUCGUUUGCUUACUGCGUCGCUUCCACUCGUUACGCCCAUUACUCGCUCGAGCCAUGUGGUUGUUGAUAUCUUUUUAAACAAACCUUUCGUGAAUUAUUCUUUUAUCGUUUUUCAUUCAAGUGGGGAAACAAAGACAAAAUGUCAGCGGACGUGGUGAAUAUCCACGAACAAGUGGAGUCUGUGCUGGGUGCUCUUGUUAAAGUCGCCGCGGUGGAGUUGACUAAACUAUUCGAGAGCAGAUACAGAGCCUCGGCUGCUGUUGCUGAACCGGAACCGGACUCGGACCGCGAUGAGAACCGCAAAAGAGGUGGAAAGCUGGAGUGUAGUUUAUCUUCUGGGCAGAAAACCCGCAGCAUCGGCGUGCAGGCGGACCGAGAUAUCGAGUCUCUAAAUGGUGAUUGUUCCCCACAGUGCCGGAAAGAGUUGGAGUGUCGUGUUCUUUCUGCAGCAAACAAUCCGAAGCAGACUACAGCAGAGUUGAGCGUCCUUGAAACGGAUUGUGAGCUGCAACUCGAUUCAACUUUGAACGGUGGACCUACCCAAAGCUCUCCACCAAAGCAGAAACAUCUUGUGGUUCAGAAUGACCUGAGUGAUGAAACCUGGGAAGAUAGAAAGUUUGUCUGUUCUGCCCUCCUGAAACCCGACGCUCCAGCACCUCAGCAAGAAGCGAACAUUGAAGCCCACCCUCAGCGAUCAGGUGUGGGCCCGUCCGACAGUUGCAAUGGUGGUCCACGGAUCAUGUCACCAAAGAAGAACCACCACCUCCUCCAGAUGAAGCUGAAAGUCUCCUCUCCCGACCAGAAGCUAAAGAGCGAGUGUGCGGUGAAGCUGGUUAACAUGCUUACGGCGACCAAAACGGAGGUCAAUAUUCAGGAGAACGGCGCCAGCAGUAAAAAGACAUGGCCUCUCCCGAAAGAUCUCCGUCGCCACCAAGGCGUCCACACGGGACACCGCCUUUGUUGCUUCACGCCGUGUGGCAACGGCGUCUGGCGGCUCCAGAAAGUGGUGGCCCGCUCUCGCGACGGCUACGCCUGCGACGUCUGCCGCAAGACCUUCAAGCGCCGUAAGAUUCUUCGCCGACACGAACGCUUCCACACAGGCGAAAAGCCGUACGCGUGCACCAAGUGCUCCAAGACAUUUGCGCUCAGGAGGAACCUCCGUCGACAUCUCAGGUUCCACACGGGGGAGAAGCCGCACAAGUGCACGCACUGCGAGAAAAGCUUCCGACUCCGAGAUAAUCUGAAAGCGCACCUGCGCUUCCACACGGGGGAGAAGCCGUUCCAGUGCAACAUGUGCGGGAAGAUGUUCAGGAUGAUGAGGAACCUGGAGAAACACAACCUCACCUCGUGCGGACUCUUCGUUCCGUCCUUCAGGACCAUCGCUGGAUUGUAGCGGCGACUCGUCGGCGGCGGCGGCAGAUCACGUCAUUCGCUACCUCAGACUGCCAACACUGUUAGGUCUCCACUCAAGCCGACCCUCAAGUAAUAGAGAAGACAAUAGAUGAAGACAAUAUGAUGGUAGUUGGUUUAGAUGGUAUACUUGUUUACUCAUGUUUUUGUACUUAAAAGAGACAGUGUUUAAAGUAUUUUUUUCUCCAUACUAGAAGUUUAGUAUUAGUACUACUGAUUUUGAUAAGACACUUUUGUAAGAUGCCAGUGAUUUCAUGUUAAGGAUGAUGGCUUUGUUAUAAAUAAAUACUUUUGUAUAAAGUGGAACUGGUCAUGU